AUGUUUGAAAUAGCAUCCAACGUUAUUCCGAGAAGUUUCAAAUUACUAGAAGAGUUAGAAUCAGCUCAAAAAGGACAACAUGAUGGUUCAGUAUCGUGGGGUCUCGAGUCAAAUGACGAUAUGACAUUGUCAAAGUGGAUAUGCAUGAUAAUAGCUCCACCACGCACGCCGUAUGAAGGAAGAAUUUACAAUUUAAAAGUUCAUUGUAGUGAUAGAUAUCCAGACGAAGCGCCAUCAUUUCGUUUUUUAACUCGUGUUAAUUUAGCGGGAGUAGCAGCAAACGGCACAGUUGAUCCCAAGCAUGUGCCAUCACUCAGAAAUUGGAAUCGUGAUAGUACAAUUCAUCAAGUAUUAAAUGAUAUUCGUUCAAGUAUGUCACAAAAAGAGAACAUGAAAUUACAACAGCCACCAGAAAAUGCGUUGUAUCCUACUCCCCAUGGUCAAUAA